AGCUGUAGUUUCCCCGCGCGAAGGGCCCGUGUGCGCAGGCGCAGACCGAUGACAAAAGGCCUGCUCCGCGCUCGGGAGGGAGACCGUUAGGGCUGGAGGGGGCGAUGGCAGGGCGGCGGUGGCUGUUGUUGUUGUUGUUAUUAUGGCGGCGGUGAAUGAAUUCCCCGGGCGGGAGAGGAGGGAAGAAGAAGCAGCAGCAGCAGCAGGGCUCGGCAGCCGCCUCCAGCUCCCAGGCUCCUUCCUCCGUCCCUCAGGCGGCGGCUGCUCCGCCUCCUGCUUCUCCGGCUUCUCCCCACAAGCGGAACCUCUUCUACUUCUCCUACCCGCUCUUCGCCGCCUUCGCGCUGCUCCGCUUCCUGGCCUUCCAGCUGGGGCUGCUCUUCGCCUGGAUCUGCGAGAGGCUCUCCCGCGGCGGCGGCGGCGGCGGUGGCCGGGCUCCCCUCUCCAUGGCCGCCUCCAAGGGCAACCCAGGCAGCAGCAGGAGAGCCGCCGCCGCCGCCGCCACCGCCGCCGGCCUGGGAGACGCUCCGGAGGCGGUCAGGGCCUGCCACAAGCACGCCUUCGAGUGCAUCUCCACCGCCCUCCGCAUCGACGAGGACGAGGCCGCAGGACAAAAGGAACAAGCUGUUGAAUGGUACAGAAAGGGGAUUGAAGAACUGGAGAAAGGAAUAGCGGUAGUAGUUACAGGUCAAGGAGAUCAUUAUGAACGAGCUCGCCGUCUCCAGUCUAAAAUGAAGACAAAUUUGGCAAUGGCCAAGGACCGUUUGCAACUGUUAGAGAAGAUGCAGGCAGUUAAGCAAAUCCCCAAGCCGCAAAUGGAAGUGUAUAGUGACAGUACUAACCUGGUGUACCGCAAUGGACAUCUCCAGUCAGAAAGUGGAGCUGUUCCAAAAAAGAGGGAUCCGCUGACUCACACGAGUAACUCACUCCCUCGUUCAAAAGGUGUUGCAAAAUCUGGAUCUGUAGGCCUUUCGGGUCAUCAAAGGACACCUAGUUAUAGUGGAAUAUCUAACUUUACGGUACCUAGACAGGGAACUGUUCCUGCAACCUCAAAUCAGAAGGUUACUCCCAAAAAUAAUAGAGCCAACAAGCCUUCUACACCAACAACUGCUGUGCGGAAAAAAAAGGACACAAAGAUUUUUAGAAAUGUGGAUAGUAAUCUUGCAAAUCUUAUUCUCAGCGAAAUUGUAGAUAGUGGGCCAUCUGUCAAAUUUGAUGAUAUUGCUGGUCAAGAGUUGGCUAAGCAGGCACUGCAAGAAAUUGUUAUCCUUCCUUCUCUUAGGCCUGAGUUGUUUACAGGACUUAGGGCUCCUGCACGUGGAUUGUUGUUGUUUGGUCCACCAGGAAAUGGAAAGACGAUGCUGGCCAAAGCUGUGGCUGCAGAAUCAAAUUCAACCUUCUUUAAUAUAAGUGCUGCAAGUCUGACAUCAAAAUAUGUUGGUGAAGGAGAGAAGCUAGUGCGUGCUCUUUUUGCAGUAGCUAGAGAACUUCAGCCUUCUAUAAUUUUUAUAGAUGAAGUGGACAGCCUAUUAUGUGAAAGAAGAGAAGGUGAACAUGAUGCUAGUAGACGUUUGAAGACAGAAUUCUUAAUUGAGUUUGAUGGUGUACAGUCUUCAGGGGAAGACCGAAUACUUGUAAUGGGAGCAACUAAUAGGCCACAAGAACUUGAUGAUGCUGUUCUCAGGCGAUUCAUCAAACGAGUGUAUGUAUCUUUACCAAAUGAAGAGACACGGCUUCUUUUACUAAAAAAUCUCCUGAGCAAGCAAGGAAAUCCAUUAACCCAAAAAGAGUUGGCACAGCUAGCUAGAAUGACAGAAGGAUAUUCAGGGAGUGACUUAACAGCAUUAGCAAAAGAUGCAGCACUGGGCCCUAUACGAGAACUUAAACCAGAGCAAGUGAAAAACAUGUCUGCUAGCGAGGUAUGCUAUUUAAGACUUGAUAUGCCAAACAGAAAACAAACUAUUCACUUAUGCCAUUUUUUCUCAUCCUUACUUGUAAAGUAGAAUACAGUUUCUUGUUUGCAGAUGAAAAAAAUAAGGGGAAAAGAAGCUGCUGCCAAGGAUAGAUAAAUGAAAUGUUCACUGUAAAUUCCGGAGAGAUUACUGAAAGCAGUAUAAGCUUGUCUAGCACCUAGAACUUGCAUUUGCACAAUUUAUCUUAAUAAAGGUC